AUGGAGGCCGUCACAGGGCAACACUUUUUCUUCCACGACCAGCCGGAGCAUGCUGCCGAAAAAGACUCUUGCCACUUCUGCCAACUCCGCGCCUUUCCCAUCCACCAAACCACUCCCGUCACCAUCGUCAAUGCCAAGGACCAGGCCGUCAUCCCGCCCAACUUCCGCUUUAUAGACCGCAUGGUCCUGGGCCAGGGCGUUGAACCAGCUGAGGAUAGUUUCCGCAGCGGCUGCUCCUGUGAAAGCGACAGCGAGUGCCAGUACAUGGGAUGUCUCUGCCUCGCCGACCUGGGAGAGGAAGAGGACAGCAGUAGCAAUGAAGAUGAGGACAUUCACGCGAACGGAGCUAAUGGCGAUGGACCAGAAGCAGGGCGUAAGGACAAGAUGCUCAACUCCAAGGAGCCGCUAUACGAGUGCCACGCGGGCUGCUCAUGCUCCAAAGACUGCCCCAACAGGGUCGUUGAACGCGGGCGAACCAUUCCGCUGCAAAUCUUUCGUACCGACGACAGAGGAUGGGGAGUCCGCACCCAAGUAGCCAUCAAAAAGGGCCAGUUCGUCGACCGCUACCUCGGCGAAAUCAUCACCUCCGCCGAAGCCGACCGCCGCCGCGCCGCCUCGGCCGUCUCCAAGCGCAAGGACGUCUACCUCUUCGCCCUCGACAAGUUCACCCACCCGGAGUCGCUGGACCCGCGCCUCAAGGGUCCGCCGCUCGAGGUCGACGGCGAGUUCCUCUCGGGCCCGACGCGCUUCAUCAACCACUCGUGCGAGCCCAACCUGCGCAUCUUUGCGCGCGUCGGCGACCACGCUGACAAGCACAUUCACGACCUUGCGCUGUUUGCCAUUCGCGAUAUUCCGCGUGGGGAGGAGUUGACGUUUGAUUAUGUCGAUGGGGUUACGGAGGAUGGGGGUGGGAUGGAGGGUGCGAGUGCGGGGGAUAUGGCCAAGUGUUUGUUUAAGCGGGAGUUCCUGUUUGGCGGCUCUAGUACGCCGUUGGCCUCAACACAACGCAACGCAACACAGCUCACCUCCCUACGACUUCUCCUCUUCGCAACUAUUCACCACCUUCAAGCUUCAAAGUGA